AUGUCGUCUGCCGCCCACGCUACAUGGCUCCUACCGUCGCCCUCAAUCAUCAACAACUCCCGCCCCUGGCGCUGUAGCAAACAUCAUCCUCAUCAGUUGUUUGAGGAUAUUAGUGAUCAUUUGAAAGUUCAGUCAAAAGGAUCUAAAUCGGGUCGUCAGCUGUACGAGUCCGCGUUCGGGACGCCCGUGUGCCAGUGUCCGGACGGUACCUACGAGGUCAACAACGACUCGUAUGACACAGUGUGUGAGCCCAUCUUGAGCAUGACUGGCGUCUGCCCGCCAGGAAAGGUGCUGUGGUUCAGGGAUUUCAGCCUCCCGCCGGAGUGCCUCCCUGACCCGUGCGGCGGGAAGAAUCUCUACCGAGGGCCCAAUGAACUUCCCUUCGUCCCCUUCGCUUCUGAUUAUGGAAAGUGCUACCAGCUUGGACAGAUGAGCGGUGUGUGUCCGGCCCCGACCUGGUACUCCCUGGCCCUGGACCGGCUCCAGGGCGUCUGUUCCACCCUCGAGGACGCCGGCUACCAGGUCUUCGACUCUUACACUCUCUCAUUCUUCAGUUACAUGUACGGACCUCCUAUCCCUAGGGAAGGAACGGUUCCCUUGUCUUCUGCAGCUGUACCUUAUAAGAUGACGGGUACGACUGUAGGUCCCUAUGGUCCUUCAACUGUUUCUGGUACCUCAAUGUCCAUGUACGGCAACGGCCGAGGAUCAAAGUAUUCGGUUGACGCAUCUUCCGGACAAGCCUAUGACGAGGCGACUCAGCCACUGUCGAAGGGGAAUGUGGUGAAGGGAGAGCUGAUUGCAUACCUGAAGGGCCUGAUGGACUCGGCGUCAGGGCCCGGCAGCAGCCUCGACUUCUUGCAAGCUCCUUCUGGCCAUAAGUUUCACGAGUUCUUCAAAAUAGUGAAGGCCAUUAUGAGCGACCUGGUGAGUGGGCGGAGUCACCACAGGAGUCGUCGCGCCCCGCUGCCACACGCCACCCCCGGCAACGUCAUCGAGACCCGACUGGUCGGUUGUCGUGCGGGAGCCCAGAGGGACAUCAACGCCAAGUGUCGCGACACAAUCCUGCCGGCGCGACCGCCCUUUGACCGUGUCACUCGCGCCGCGCCGCCCGUGCCGCCCCAGCCUGGCUGUCCAGGGGGCCAGGUGUACAACCUACAGCGGAUCUGUACACCAGGGAACAGCGUGGCCAGCUCCAUCAGCGCUGCCAACCUCGGAUAACGGAUUCGCCAGGCUGUUGCUUCUGGUACGGCACUACCAAAUGCCUUCUUCAGUUCUCAUCCCAUCCUACACACUAUGGCAUUAUCAUUUUUACAGGUCUUCUACACACUCCCAUACCUUGCUAUGCUUCUUUACUCUCCAAAAGAUAGCGUGUGGGAGGUAGUGGACCCCCACACCCAUCCUGUGAGUGGUAGUGGACCCCAUACCCAUCCUGUGAGUGGUAGUGGACCCCACACCCAUCC